AGCAACGAUGAAAUUUUUCGCUAUUUUUGCCGCCGUCGUGGCUGUUGCCCUCGCACGCCCGGGCACAAGCUCCUGGACUCUGCAGGAGCUCUCUGAUGCCCUCCAAAACCCCAACGUAAACCCAGCAGUCGUGCCUAUCUUGGAACAUGCUUUAAAUGAAAUCAUGACCGCUCUUUACAACGGAGAACAAGUAGAAAGCGUCUUCGUGCCUCUGCCCGCUGAUGUCGCCGUCAUUCCGAGCCCUGUUGCUCCUGCACCAGUUGUCCCCAGCCCAGCUGCUUCCAGCCCUCUUGUGCAGAUCAUCGUCAACGUUAAAAGCCAGCAGCAGGUUGCUGAAGUCCCUGUAGACCCUACACCAGUGUUGGUUGAAGAAUCUGCCGAGGAACCUAUCGCAGAUCCCGUUGAAGUUGUUCCUGAACCCAUCAUUGUCAACCCCAUUGACAUCAUCGCUGUGAACCCUGUCGAUACGUGGGGCCCUGUUGGUCCUAGCCCUGUCAUUGACAGCGGAGAUGUCGGACCUAUAAAGAUGAAAUUCUUCGCUAUUUUCACUGCCAUCGUGGCUGUUGCUGUCGCCCGCCCGGGCACAAGCACCUGGACUCUGCAGGAGCUCUCUAAUGCUCUCCAGAAUCCUAACGUCAACCCAGCAAUCGUGCCUAUCUUGGAACAUGCUUUAAAUGAAAUCAUGACCGCUCUUUACAACGGAGAACAAUUAGAAAGCGUCUUCGUGCCUCUGCCCGCUGAUGUCGACGUCAUUCCUAGUCCUGUUGUCCCUGCUCCCGUUAUCCCCAGCCCCGCAGGCUCCAGCCCUCUUGUGCAGAUCAUUGUCAACGUUAAAAGCCAGCAGCAGGUCGCUGAAGUCCCUGUAGAACCUACACCGGUGUUGGUUGAAGAAUCAGCCGAAGAAGCUAUUGCCGAUCCCGUUGAAGUUAUUCCUGACCCAGUGUUGGUUGAAGAAUCUGCCGAAGAAGCUAUCGAGGAACCUGUUGUAGUUGUUCCUGAACCAAUCAUUGUCAACCCCAUUGACGUCAUCGCUGUGAACCCUGUCGAUGUAUCCGCACCUCCCGCUCGUCCUACCCGUCCAGGCACAAGCGCUUGGACUCUGCAGGAGCUCUCUGAUGCUCUCCAGAACCCCAACGUAAACCCUGCGAUCGUGCCUGUCUUGGAACAUGCUCUAAAUGAAUUGAUGACUGCUCUUCACAGUGGACACGAAUUUGAAAGCAUUCACGUACCUCUGCCUGCUGACAUUCCCAUCUUAGUCGACCCUGUCAUUCCUUCCCCCGUCGAAAUUCCCGCUGUUUCAAGCCCUCUCGUGCAGCUCAUCAUCAACGUGAAGAGCCCACAGCAGGUAGCUGAUGUCGGCACCGCUCCCCCGGCAAUCAUUCCCGGACCAGAGGUCAACCCUGUAGAUGUCAUCGCUGUCAACCCUAUCGAAGUUUAA